AAAGUAUAAAAGCAUACCUGCGUGUACACCCAGGCAUUUUUAUAACCCUUACGAUGGUGUAUGCAUUUCCCUGCGUGUUCUUUGUCCUCGCAUGUUCGCAUGUGCACAUGUUUGCGCCUGCGUGCAAUACUGGUCUGCCGGCCUGCGUCCCGUGUGUAUGUGUCCGUGUGCGUAUGUGCGUAUGUGUUCCAGGAGAGCCAGUGGCUGGACAGCGUUUCUCUCCUGAUCAAGGACACAUUGGAGGGGGAGAUGCUGAUGAUCGACAACCUCUCCGGUUCUGUCUUCCACCACUACUCCUCUCCUCCACCCAUCUGCAAAGACUGCAAAGGCCACCCACAAGAGCAGAUCAGGAUGGCAGAGAUUGAGCAGGCAUCGCUGAAGUCAGAGCAGCUGUCAGACAAGUCCUCAUCCCCUGCUCUGCCAGACGACCUCAGCCUGGACGAACAUACUGCCUACCAGCUGCUGGCGCGAGAGGGCAAGGGAAGAUGCAGCAGUGACUCCCGCAGCUCUGAGGAGGCAGGAGGUGGAGAGAGUCAUGCAGGAGGCCUUCAAACUCAGACCGUGGUGCAGACCCAGGUGCAGGGGUUUGGCCAGCCCUGCCAGGCCCUCUGCACUGGCAGUGAGAUAAAGACUGCACUGCAGGAGAUGGAGAUGCAAACACAACAACCGUAUAUGUGCUCACCUCACAAUGGCGUUUCCAGCAGCAACAACGAGGGAAGAAACAAAGACGGAGAAGGAGGAGCCAGUGGAAUUUCUCCUCUCUUCCAUCUGCCUGCAGAGUUCUUCCACCCUGCAGGAGCACCCCUCCCAACGCCUCCCCGCAGUAGGAGCCUACGGUUGUCGAGGGGCCUUCGGCUGACCUCUCCAGCCUCCUGGGCUUCGCUCCGCUCCCCGGGGGCUCAUAGCAAGAUGCUCUCUACACAGUACCCAUCCCACAGUGACUCAUCCCUUGCUACAGGCAGCUCUGAGGGCAGCCUCCAGACAACCCUGGAAGAAGGACUGAGCUUCAGCAUCUCUCCGCCACAGAACAUGGAGUUGCCUUUGCCGACAGCUCCGUUACCACUCGUGUGCCCGCUCCCACUGCCUGAGGACAACACGGCCAUUUCCUCCCCGGUCCAGACCCUGAGGCCGAGGCCGAGCCCCUCAUCAGCCCUCACCCUCCAGGCCACCAGGGGCCACCAGCGGAGCCAGAGCAGUGGCCGAGGCAGCACUAGCCCGGGCUACACGCGCGACGACUCAAUUGACCCUUCAGACGAGGACCUGGGCAUAGGCAUUGGAUCGUCAAUUGGUGGUUGUGGCUCCAGCCAAGCAGGCAACAGUGAACACUUGUCAGAGACACUGAGCAGCUUGUCGUUGACAUCACUGCUGUCGCCCAGCUCCCUGGUGUACCCAGGAGGGGCGGUGAAGAAGUGCAACAGCACAGGCAGCCUGGACCAAGGGGGGAUGCUGCUGUCAUCCCGCGGCAGGGAGGGCCGCAGGGAGGUCCUCGGCCUGGAGCUUAUGAACUCCCAAGGCUUCAUGGCCAACCCUUGGACAGGGGUAUUAGUUGAAACAAGAAGAGCAGAAGGAAGGAUGGAAAUAGGAGAUAGCGAGCAAGGGCUCAAAGGGAAGAGCUCAAGCCAAACAACAGUAGGGCCUUGUCGGAAAAACAGAUGAAACCUACUGUUUACUCUUUCUUUGUCUCUCCAUUCCUUGGAUCUAAACCCAUUGCUGUCCCUCUCACUCUCUCUGCUCCCAUCAGUGAGAGAGAGGCUUGAUGACACAUGAUGUCCUGUAUUCCAAAACCAAACCCUCAUCUUGCCCCCUCAACCCCUUUAUAUAUGUCCUGUUUUGUGCUACCUAGGGGAGUGGUCUUGGUUAUAGCCUGAUGGUGAGAAAGUGGCCUGCAGAGUUGAGGCCCAGAGGCUGAAGAUAGGUCCUUAGUCCCUCUUAGGAGCUGUACCUGUAGAGGAGGCCGUGGAAGGUCUCUGCUCACCUUGAAAGACCAGGAGGCCCAUUUGUAUCAGGGAGUCAAUUGGAGCAGAGAGAAAAAAAGAGCUCAAACUCAAGGACACAAGAGUCUUGUUGUUGCUCUACUGUAGUUUACUUUUACUCUGUCGACUCGGGUUCACUGAGGUUGAAAAUGCAAAAAUAGAAUAGAAGUACCUAAACUGAAAGCUAUCCAUGCCAACAGAGACCGUUUUGAUUUGUUUAUGUCUCAGAGGCAGUGCAGCAAGAAAGUGGGAGGAGGCUCGGAGAGGGUGGAAUAUAUCAAGGCGGAAGGAAGGCUGGGAAGGGAGAAGGCGGGCCAUUUGUUUAGCUGGGCAAGCAUAAAGCGGAUCUAAUGUCCAUCUGUUCUGGCAGACGGAAACUACAGGUCCUACUCACUCUGGCACAGGACCUUCUGCUGAGUUCAGAGUAAAAUUGCAAGGUGGAGGAGAGUUCAAGAGUGUGUGUGAAUUGUGUGUGAGAUCACUGCCUCAGGUAUCAAGGGCAUGAAUUAAAUCAUUCUCAUCACUCCACCAUACCUCUGUACUUUUGAAACAGAAGAUAGGUAUUGACUGAUGAAAGCUUUGUGCCUCUGUAAAGUUAUUCUUAGAGUGGCAGCGGAAAAUGAAAAGAAAUGGACAGAUUGCGGUAUAACCGUGCAUGGAGUGAUUCGUGAAAUUGGUUAUUUUUUCCUUCUAUCUCCGGCAUCUCUCACUCAGAAAUGAAAAAAUGAGUGUGAAAGAGAGCUAAGUUGGAGGGAACAUGACAAACCCCAUCAGAAGAAACAAUCAUGCGUGCCUGGGGCAGCCUUGUGUCCAAAAAAAAAAAAAACGGUUGACAGCCAAAUUAAUAAAAGUGAGACUUUAAGCACACUUCUUUUGCCACCACUUCUUCUCCCCGUGCUUAAGGAUUUGAGAAGGAUGGACAAACCCACAAGAGUUACGAAGGACCUUGACUGCAUGAUGGAAAUGCAUUUAAACAAGAAUUUUAUCUAUAUACAGAAGUGUAUCAAGAUGUCAAUGUUGGGUGAUAACCAUGUGAUUUCUAUUCCACUAUUUUUGUAGAAAAGAGAAUAGGCACGUGCAAGUGUUGCCGUUACUUUGUCCCAAUUUAAUUUAAUCCAUACAAUCUCUUUGACUACUUGUCUAGGACUUUUUGUCUGCCAGUGGCUUCCAGUUUUAUAACAUUUUUUAAGGUGUGGACAGUGUAUAAAGCAACGAAGCAAAAAAUUUCAAACAAACUCUGUGCGCUGACGUGAUAGUUCCCUCCAGCACAUUUCUCUUUGGGAACACUGGUUCCUAGUGGAAUAUUUCUUUCAAAUGUUGGAGUCCCAGGGGACAGCCAGAGAUGGGGAACAGCCAUAUUCACUCAGCACACGAGGAUCGUUCUAGCUCACAGACAUUCCUGGCUGGCUGCACACAGGGAUUUUUGUUUGCUUUUAGCCUCCUAUGCUAAAAUCCAUGAAUAGAAAUCUCUAUGAAAGCUUUAAUUUGAGAGUCACACCACAACAUAUCGAUUACGGACACAUUUGUGUUCUUUAAGCAUGGUUCUGGGAUUGCAAUACAGUAUGCUUGUUCUUGAAACAACACCCUGAUGCACUCAUCUUCUCUGCCCCAUCCCUUCACACACACACUAUGUUGUAGCAACCCUUUCACACACCAUAGGUUGAUAUCAAAAGCUGACACUGUCACACUGAACUAAACUUUGCAUCUUUUAAUGCAAACUUACUUGAUUAUUUACUCCGUCCAAAUGAGGAGACAUUCAUCUUUAGGCCUGAUUUCUAGAGGUAGACUGUUGUAUCCCUAGUGUUUUCAUCAUUACCUUGCUUUUUUUAGUUUCUCAAAAAGAAUGAGGUGAUGUGAGAAAAUCCAAGGGUUUGACCUUUUUUAUCAUGCAAAAUCACUUUGAUGACUAUGUUUUGUCACAUGGUGUUGGGUAUUAAUGAGUGAUAGUAAAGGCAGUUGUGUGUGUGUGCGUCUUUGUGUGUGGGUGUGUGUGCGCUUGGGUGUGUGUGUUUGUUUAUGACUUCAGGUGAAGUGAUUGCCUUUUCCUGAAGUGUCCUGUUUGUCAGUGAGGAUCCCUGAGAUUAAAGGUUGAAGAGGUGAAACACGAAGCAACCAAGGGCUGUUUUAGCUUCAAAGAUAUAUCCUCCUAUCUUUCUGAGACAAAUCCUUGUGUCCAUAAUUAUGGCAUCAAAGGUUAAAGCCUGACUACGCAGCAAUAAAUGUUCUGUGUGUAUGCCCUGA